ACGCUUGUAACUUGUGAAUAGGUUAGGUUAUGUGUGGUCAGGUUUAGUGAUGCAGUUGCACACAUGGUCAUAUCAUAUUUCCACCUCACUUCUUCAAGCAAAUCUGUCGUUGAUAUUGCGGAGUGUAGACAAUAUAGCCUGAUACGAAUAUUGGCUCCAGAAAUGCUUGUAUAAUAAGCCAGUUUAUAUUUGACGCAAUUUUAAAUACAAUUUCUCAUACGCUGUCAAGAGCAAUAACUCGAAUUCAUGAAAAUGAAUACACAGUGCAAAUUAGCGACUUAUUCUUGAACUGAAACUCAUCUACACACUUCUAUUGCGUAGUGUGAAUAAUAAUGUCAUUAAGAAUCAACUUUUAAAUUGCCCUCCCGAACCAUAGCCUUUACGUAAUACUUGUAUCAGAUAAUGACUGCAAUCAAUAUAACCAAGACAUCAAAGGUAGCAACUACGUAGGCUCAUUAUAUUCCAGAUUAUUUGGAUUACGUAACACUUUGGCUCGUCAGAGCAGGAAGUUGCUGUCUCAUCUGAAUUCCUCUCAGCUGAACAUAUCGUCCUUUCACAAAGAUCUGUUUCUCGAUAACCCAGACACGAUGCCGUGCCCAUUUAUGACGCGUUUAUCGCCCUCCUACGUUCGAAACUACGGAGGCAACUUGCUGAAAACUUACGGACAACAUUGUCCCUUCAUGUCUCGGCUUACUGGCACCCUCACUUCUGCCAACUCUUGCGACGAAGCAGCCGUGGAAGCUGUGAAGAAAUGCCCGUUCUUGGCGGAGGUGACGCCGUUAGUGAAAGAAGCGAGCAAAGAGAUGCAAGAUGAUAUAAUUGAUUUGACUCCGUCAUCUGAAAGCGCUUGGAAAGCUGAAGAAACUGUCACUACUGCAGAAAAUGCACGGGGGCUUUAUGAGAAUGCAGUAACUCAGUGCCCCAUGGACAAGCCUAAAGGUGAAACUUUCCCUUAUGAGCAGUUUUUCCAUGAGCAAAUAAUGCGAAAGAAGAAGGACCAUUCGUAUCGAGUGUUCAAGAAAGUAAAUCGCUUGGCUGCGGAGUUUCCUGGGGCUUACGAAUACAGCUGGGGUGAACGACCUAUUACGGUGUGGUGCUCCAAUGAUUAUUUGGGGAUGUCGCGUCAUCCUGAAGUGAAGGAGGCUGUCAGACAAGCACUGGAAGUGUACGGUGCAGGUGCCGGAGGUACGAGGAAUAUAUCAGGAAACUCGUUGAACCACGAGCUGUUGGAGGUGGAGCUUGCGUCUCUCCACCAGAAAGACUCGGCAUUGCUGUUUACUUCCUGUUUUGUAGCUAAUGAUUCCACUCUCUACACCCUCGCAAAGGCCCUUCCAGGUUGCCAUAUCUUCUCAGAUGCUGGGAACCACGCGUCCAUGAUUCAAGGAAUCCGCAACAGCAGGGUUCCGAAGCAUAUAUUUCGUCACAACGACGUAGACCAUCUAGCUGAGCUUCUGUCUAAAGUGUCUUCCAACGUACCUAAGAUAGUGGCGUUCGAAACAGUGCAUUCCAUGACAGGUGCAGUGUGUCCGCUGGAAGAAAUGUGUGCCGUGGCUCAUGAACACGGGGCACUCACAUUUGUUGACGAAGUUCAUGCCGUAGGCUUGUACGGUGAGCACGGAGCAGGCAUUGGUGAGCGGGACGGACAGUUGGAGAACAUGGAUAUAAUAUCUGGUACUUUGGGCAAAGCAUUUGGUAACGUAGGUGGCUACAUUGCUAGUACUUCAUAUUUGGUGGACAUGAUCCGAAGCUAUGCGGCGGGUUUUAUUUUCACGACGUCUUUACCACCGACUGUGCUUGCCGGAGCGUUGAAAGCUAUUCAGAUUCUGCGCUCAAAAGAGGGACAGUCUCUGCGAAAAAAGCAUCAACAAAAUGUGAUUUAUUUACGUCAGCUACUUCUAGAUAAGGGUUUACCUGUGGAACUCACUCCCUCACACAUCAUUCCAAUAAAGAUUGGUAAUGCUCUUCAGUGUAGUCAGGUUUCUGACAUGCUUCUUCAAGAAUACGGCCAUUACAUGCAGGCCAUAAACUAUCCUACAGUGCCGGUAGGACAAGAGAAAUUACGUCUCGCUCCAACUCCGCAUCAUACGAGACGCAUGAUAGACAGGCUUGUGUGCGACAUGUUGGAUAUCUGGACGCGCUUGCAGCUUCCUCUCUACAGAUGAACGUGCGUGUCGAACAGCACGUUUCAUGACGUAGUAUGUGAUCAUAUACGCUAUUUACAUUUCUGUUCUGUAACUUUGUUACUCUGUCUUGGAGCUAACCUGAGGUUGUGUUAUGAAUAUGAUUAUAUAGCAUAAAAAUAUGUCCAAAAUAUGUUGUUGGUUCACCCUUAUCUUGGAAUUUCAAAUAUUGGUGGUCAGGUAUGAAAGAUAUUGGGAUAAUGUGAAUGGCAUUACUUUAGCUUAAUUCUCAGGCAUUUUCAUGACCCAAGUAUACAUUUGAACACGUACUGUAUACUGAUAUUAAUUUUUGGUACUUGUGGGUUAUUGGGACACAUCGCUUUAAAAAUAGGUUAGGUUAGUUGUCAUUUAUUGAAACAAAAUAUAAUAACUUUCAAGUAUAUGUCAUUUAUCCACACACAU